UCUGCCCAGUACGCAGCCCGCCUAAAUUCCAGGGGAAGAAAAAUCCCGGGCGGUGCGCGCGCGCCAUUGAAAUCUUUUCCGACUUCAGAAGACUUCGGUUACUCUUCGUGCUUGAAACCUCAAGGCUUCUCCUGCCGCUUUGCCUCUUCUCCUUCCCAAUCUCUAGUAUGUGGGGUUAGGGUUAGGGUUAGGACUUCGAGAUUGAGGAUUCCAAGGCGUCUUCGACCAUGGUGAGGGGGGUGAAGAGAGAGCCAGAGAAAAGAGGGAGGGAGGAGAGUUGGGGAGAUGAAGCAGAGAGCAGCAGCGGGGAAGGCACGCAGGGGGUGACGGAGCGGCGUGUUCUUCGGUCUCGGUAUUUGGCUGUCAAGAACUUGAUCGGUGAUGAGAAGGAGGAUAUUAGCAGGGUGGAUUCGGGCAAGUUCAAGUCGAUCAUCGCAGAAGUGGAAAGCCUGCAUCAUCUAGUUCAAAAGCCUAGAGAACAAGUAGCAGAUGCAGAGGUUUUGUUGGACAUUGCUAGUACACUGGUAACAUCAAUUAGGUCUCAAAGCAAUGAUGGAGUGACUCCAGCAGAUUUUGUAACUGCAUUGCUAAGGAACUUUGGACAAAGAGAUGGACAUGUGAAUGUUGAUAGUGCUCUCAAAAUGAUUUGUUGGAAAGAAGUUGGCAGUGCUGUCUCCCAUAUUUUUCUGAAGGUCCCUGGAUGCUGCACGAUGGUUGGUCCUAUGAGUAUGCAAACUAAACAACGCAAGGCUGUGGUUCACAGAAAACGGAUGAGGCCAACCGAAAACACUCGUCCUGAGGAGCUUGAUGAGGCUCAACCAGAAAAAAAAACUGGUACUGAUAAGAACAUGGCAACCAUGUUUGACAUAUUGAGAAAGAGGAGACGUGUAAGGCUUGAGAACCUGGUUUUAAACAGAGUAUCUUUUGCACAAACUGUGGAGAACAUAUUUUCCCUGUCAUUUCUGGUGAAAGAUGGGAGAGCUGAAAUAUCUGUGAAUGAUGAUGGGCUUCACUUUGUUACUCCAAGGAAUGCGCCUGCUGCUGCUGCAGUAGCCUCAGGGGACGUGUCUUACAACCAUUUUGUAUUCAGAUUUGAUUUUAAAGAUUGGAAGUUGAUGAUGGAUAGUGUUGGGUCUGGAGAAGAGCUGAUGCCUCAUAGGAGUGGCCCGAGUACGUGCAACACAUCCUCACAAGCAAAGCCAACUCAUGGGGCUUCUCAGCCUGGUGCACCUUCAAUGCCAAUCAGAAAGUUGACUCGGAAUAGGGGCUUGGUCGUACGAGAAGAAACAAUCGUUGAGGAUACACCAGAAAAAGAAUGUUCAGGCGAACUUCCAUCCAGGCAUAAGGGCAGGCGUGUCGAUGUUGGCCCUUGACAAUAUACCUUCAUGUCUGCGUUGUUUUAUACUUUUAGCUCCUCUAUACUAACGUAAGUGCAGUGCGGUUUUGAUUUGUACAUAUAUUGGCCAAGUGUUUCUCUAACAUGGUUAGAGUGUAUCUUAUUAAUCGUUACCAUAAAUCUAAUGGUCAUUACCAUAUUGCUUCUUU